AUGGAAGAAAGAAAUGAUGUAGUCGCACACUAUCCGACAGAACUUCCGGAAGAGUUUUAUGUCGGAAUGACCAGUAUUCGCCCACUUGUCACGGUCUCCGAGCUUCAAGCACACCUGCGUCUCCUUGGAGCGUUUCACAAGUUGAAGGCAGACGUAGAGUCUCAAGACGAAGGCCUAGCGGCAAAGGACAAAGACCUUGCUUGGGUCGUUUUUGUGAAUAAGGCCGUCGUUUCGUUCUUCAACUGGAUGACUUCGAAACGGGGUCCCACUAGACUCCCGUUGGACGACACCGCGAUGCCACCACUUCCCGUGAUAAUGGUCUGGCAUACCUACCUUCUUAAUCCCCGGCAUUAUUAUGAGGAUAGUCAACGUAUUUCUAACAAUUAUAGCAAGCAUCUGACUAUUCUCGAAGAAUUUCCGCUCGAACUAGCCGCGUCUUUGAUCGAUGAAGAAUCUUUAGGCGCCUACCCACCGAGCGAAAAACGUCGCAAGACCUUUGAGGAUCGCGCGACCUCUACCUAUGACAUUCUACUCGUCACCUACGUAGAGGACGGGCUUUCCUUGCCUUGUCCGUUUUGCGAGCACCUGAACCCCCAUGUCACCUGGGUUGCAAACGGAGAACGUGGGUUCGCUCAACCGAGAUUUGAGCAUAAAUGCGAAGGCUGCCACCAAACCUUUAACAAGGGAAACAUCGGAGUCGGUCGCUUCGUAGACGAGUUUAUCAUGAAAAAGAAAGGCGAAUCGAUCUAUUUCCCAGAGACAUAUCUCCGCGCUCGGGAUGGGAUCAAGGAUAUUUACAGUGCGGAGGCUCGCUAUUCGAAAAUAUUCAAGCAACUAGACGAGGAGUGGGCUCUGAUCUCCUCAUCGACCGGAGACAGAAAGGAACAGAAAAAACUGCUAGCAAGCACGCUUCGAUGGGAUCCAGAUGUCCUCUGCGACGUGAUGCACACCAGUUCUCAGCCUCGAAUUCCGCUCGAUAGAGACGCACGAGUAAAAUUACUUCAUCGACUAGCAACCGCAUAUAGUCAUGCAGGAUACGCCUCGCUGGACCUCGUCGCAGCAGUGCUCCGCCAAGCAACGUUCAUCGACAAGAUAGUUCACAUGGGGUGGACUCGACCAGGUCGCUGGGAACAUGCCGAUAGUCUCGCCCCUCUUGUUCGAUCUGUCGCAAGGUACCACGCCUUCUUGGACUUGAUGUACACCAAUAGCUGGUCACUUCUGGUUCCCACUCUGGAUAUCGACCUCUCUUGGCACACACACCAACUCAAAGGACGAACCUAUCGGGAGAGAACGCUCUCCAUCCUUGGGCGAACUCCAAACCAUGAUGAUUCCAUUGAUGCUGGCGUAAUUUCCUCUAGAUACGAUCAGACGGCGAAACUUUGGAGGGAACGGUUUGGUGUCCCGUACAGCGUCUGCGGUUGCGCUCCAGAUCCCGUAUCGUCGGUCAGAGUAACAGCAUCUCACUCUCCAGUAACACCUCAUCCGACUCCCCCUCUCGAACCUCCAGUCGUACUCAUCAAAGUGACUCAAGAUACCAUGCCACCUGUGGAUGCGAUGACAUCCAGCUUUUCAUCGAUACCGCCCCCUACUGCUCAUCCUAAGCGGCGCGUCACCUUUAUCAGCAAACUCGCCGCAUUCCUCAUGCGCAAGCCGAAGCCCGUACAAGAACAGCUGCAAGAACUGGUCACAAAGUCUGCUCCAGAACCGACCGUUGAAAUCAGGACUGUGCCUUCCCAACCUCCAUGGAAAAAUCCGCGCCCAGACCUCAUUUCGAUGGAAGAUGAGGACAGCGAGGCGUCUCACCCAUCCGAGCACAACGUUCUAUUUGGGAAACCAGAAAGCGCUGGGCCCAAUGCUCGGCGAUCGUCGCGACAGAAGAAAGUGGGUGGAUUUGUGAGGCGAGCUCAAACACAAGGACACGACGAUCCAUUCUGCAUUCUUCAAGUAGAGAGGAACAAGAAUAAUAAAGAGAAGGAGGGCCAUCUAGAGGCAUUUACUGAUAUCAAAGAAGGGUCGGCAAAGUACUAUGCAUUCUGGGGGGUCUCCAUGGCCAUACCGCUCGGGUUUAAGGUUAAUGGGAAAUUUCAUAUAGAUUCUAUGCUGGAUAUGGAUUCGGCCUCCCAGGAGCAUGCGGAACGAGUUGUGCCUCGUGCGGCGCUUGCACGGGAGGAGCAGAUUCCGGCGGAAAACCAGGCGAUGCAGGAGAUGCUGGAGCGGGCUGCUCGGGAGGAUGUGGAUCGGGUUGCGGUGGUUGUGGCGUAA